GGAGAGAAGUUCGUGGUGGAGUGACACAACAACCACAUCGACCACAGCCACCACCACCACCACGCACACAGCUGCAGCCUGGCGAGAAGGGAGAGAGGGAGGGAGAGGGCUGCCUCGGCUCGCCACUUGCCCCGACAGGCAGCAGGAGAGCCCGUCGCUUGUUCGCAAUUGUUAGUGGCGGGGACGCGUAAUUAUCUUAAUUGAUUUAAAGGAGGGAGGGAGGGGUUGUUAAUUUAGUUGGCGUACAUAGCUGCUCAGGGCGUGGCUGUUGGCCCCUCGAGUGGAGUGGUGGUGGUCCUGGUGAAGAGGUGGCCGGUGGAGAAAGGUGGACUACGAGGUGGACGAGUUGGUGGUGGAGGUGGUGGCUGGGUCGACGAGGUAGUGGAUGAGCCAUGGGCGACGUGGUCUCAUCGCACGUGGACGAGGCGAGGAAGCUGCAGAUUAAAGAGAGCACGGAUGGCGUGCUGGGCCCGUUCGGCGAUCACUACCGGGCCCAGUUCCCCGUCUGCCUUUUCAACCACAUCCGGCGCGAGGUGGAGGAGAGGGGCGACUUGCAACCACAGUUGCUACGGCGGAAGCAAGCGAUUAAGGAGCGGCCGGUCGGCGAUGGCUCCCUGCUGAUGCUCGAGGACGGCAAGAAGUGGAGGGAGAAGUACGUCCGCGUCACCGCCGACGACUACCUCGUCCACGUGUUCGACAGCAAAGAGGUGUGCAGUCGGGGAGGGAAGCCGCGGCUGAGCUUGGACACGGCAGGAUGCAAGCUGAUCACGUCACUGGAGGAGUACCAGGGCCUCCUGGAUGGAACCCCGGAGAACAAAGGCAAGCCGUGGCUCUCCUGCCCCACGGCUCACCCCAUCAUCCUGCGCCACCCCUACGAGAGGGACCAGCUGUUCGCCGCCAGCAAGCCCGAGGCCCAGCAUCAGUGGAGCGCCGUGCUGGGCAGCUGCCUGCGUCACCGCAACAACGGCCUCUCCGAGCCAGACUCGGUGGAGACCCAGACCUUCUCGGAGGCCGUGCGUCUCUACCGGCAGGACAAGGGCCACUUCUCCACCUGGGACAUGUUUUGCGGUAACGAGACGCAGAUCCUGAGCAACCUGGUGAUGGAGGAGCUGGUGACGAGCCUGCAGGCCGACAUCACUCCCAGGCUCAAAGGGCGACCGCAGGAGAAGCACAGAGCCUGGGCCAUGAUCUCGUCGGCGGUCUACCGCCUGGUGCAGGAGCAGACGAGCGAGGGCCACGCGGCCCUCCGCCAGGAGUGCCAGGAGAUGCGGCCGGCGCUCGAGUCCCUGAUCCGGCCGGACCUCGACCAGAUCAUCUCCUCCAAGGAGCAGGUCGCCGGCAAGAUGCGAGGCUUCCUGCAGCCCAAGGUGGACGCGUGCUGCCGGCAGCAAGUGCAGCCCGUGCUGGGGGGGGCGCUGGAGGCGCUCAUGGGGUGCGUGAGCGACGGCUUCAGCGAGGGCCGCGGAGUUCUCUCCCGCGAGGUGCAGCACCUCGUCAAGAACACGCAGAACGACGGCGGAGCCAAGCGCCUCGCAGAGUACGUGGAGAAGCUGGCCAUGGCGCCGUCCGACCCGGUGAAGAUGCUGCCGUGCGACGAAAAGGUGGAGAGGCUGAAGGCGCAGCUCGCAGAUCUCAAGCAGCGCGUCGACUUCUCGUCGUCCGACGCGCUCAUCCACAGGGGCCAGACGCUCGUCCAGGAGCUGCUGGACGACGCGGUGUACACCUUUGAGCGUUACCUGCACCAGAGCCUCGCCCCCGAGGCCACACCGACCCCCGUGCCCACCGCCGCCCAGCGCGCCCUCGAGCGCGUCCUCAAGAAAUACGACUACGACAGCAGCACCACCCGCAAGAGGUUCUUCCGUGACGCUCUGCUGCAGAUCACCGCUCCCUACCUCUUCGCUUCGCUCGGACCCAGCUGCAAACCGGAGCUGCCGCGCUACGAAGAGACCAUCUUCGAGGACCACUCGCGCGUGGUGCGCGUGGAGAACGUCUACGAGGAGAUCCUCCUGCAGUCGCUCUCCAAGGACAUCUUCCAAGUGGUGAAGGCGGCGGCCGUGCAGAGCCGACACAACCUGUACCGCGACAGCAUCGUGUUCGUGGGCGACGGCGACCUCAACCUCGCCGCGCUGGCCGACGACCCCAACAUCGACUGGAGGGCCAUCCUGGCCGGCCAGGCCUCUCCUCCGGGCGCCGGCACCGCCGCCACCGACGGCCGUCGCGCCGUCCCCGAGAAGAAGGCGCGCAAGCAGCUGCUGAGCGCCGCCGCCGACGGCGAGAAGCCGGCGGCCGAAGCGGGCGACGCCGCGGACGGGGUCAAGGCCGCGAAGACGCGGGACGUCCUCUUCGUGGAGAUGACGCUCGUGGAGAACAAGGCGGCCGCGGCGGCGGCGGCGGCGGCGGCGGUGCCGGCGGCGGACGGAAACGUCAACGCCAACAACCGGACCGCCGGUACCGAGACGGCGGUGGCGGCAGCGGCGGCGACGGUGGCGUGUGGUAGCGCUGUGGCUGAGCCGGCGGAGGUGGUGACCAAGGAGGUUGAGGAGGAGGCGGCGAAGGAGGAGGUGAAGGACGAGGUGAAGGACGAGGUGAAGGACGAGGUGAAGGACGAGGUGAAGGACGAGGUGAAGGACGAGGUGAAGGACGAGGUGAAGGAGGAGGAGGAAGUGAAGGAGGAGGUGAACGAGAAGGAGGAGGUGAACGAGAAGGAGGAGGUGAACGAGAAGGAGGAGGUGAAGGAGAAGGAGGACGUGAAGGAGGAAGCAAAGGAGGAGGAGGAGGAGGCAGAGGCACGGCCCACGCGGCCGGAGGACGAGCGAGGCGUCGCAGAGGCGAAGCCCGACGCGGCAGAUUCGGGCAGCGGCGCUCCUGCGUCGCCCGUCAAAGAUGCCGGCGAGGCGGCCGAUGGCGGCGGUGACGCCGACACAGCUGCCGACGACGGUGGAAACCCCGCGAAGGGGAAGCCUGCCGACGGAAAUGAUUGGGGGCCGAGCAAAGGUGACGAUGAUGCCGACGACGACGAAGAUCACGCGCGGAUGCUCGCGGCCUGCCGUCAAGGAGAUCGACGACGCCAUCCUGGAGGCUCAGCCCGCCGCCGAGGAUUCUGGGAUCUCGUCUCCAGUCGCGGAGAAGCAAGAGGGGGGCGCGGCGUUCGCGCCGGAAGCCGAGCCGCAGCUCCCGCUGCUGCAGCUGGCGAGCGAGGGGGAAUCCGGCAUCGUAGAGGAGGAGCAGCAGGAGCAGCAGCAGCAGCAGCAGGAGCAGCAGCAGCAGCAGCAGGAUGAGGAGGAUGUGACGGAAGGGAGCAAAGCCGAUGGGAGCGUGGAGAAGUCGUCGGUGCCGGCGUGCGGGCCCGACGUGGAGAGGGGGGCGGCCGGGAUGUUUGACCGGCACUCGAACGGCUUCGAGGAGAGGGAGCCAGUGUUCGUGUGACCCUCCGCGCGACGGAGACGAACCCCGCCGACGACGCAUUUUAAUAAAAUAAAUACGCGCGCGCACACGCGUGUACGUGCCCGCUUAUCACACAAAAAACAAAAAACUAAAAAACAUUUUACGCACGGAGUGGGAAGGCUGUAACAUUCUGCGGCGCGAUGGGGAGGAUGACGAGGAGGGAUGACGUCUGGUGUUCUGCCAAGGCCGCCCUUGUGUAAAGUGCGGGGAAGACGGCCAGUUCUGUCCUGUCUGCGAUCACGUACUUAGCAUCCAUCCCAUUCGCACGCGCGACGUGCGGCACUCGCUCCCCUGACGUCGCUCUCAACGCAUCGUUCGGGGGCUACGUUUCGCCUCCCCACCCCCGCAAAAGACCUUGUAACACGGUGGUGGCGGGUAAAGUGGCGGCGACAGCCACGCUCCACCCUGAGGCCCCCGCCCGCUGCGGCCUCCGAUAAGGCCCGUGCGCCGCUACAGGAAAUCCUGCCCAAAGAAAGAGUUUAUCGUGGUGGGGAAAGGGGGGGUGGGCGUUGAUGAGUCAUCGCUGGGGGGGGUUGCGGGGCGAGGUUGGCCGGGGGGGGGGGGACCUCGGCCCCCCUCCCCCUGCCGAGCGCCGUCCGUUCCUUCGCGACGGCGCCCGUUCGCGCUCGGUCGCACCUCCAGAAUCCGGCCGACACCAAUCUGUCGAUGGAAGACUCCGCCAACCCCCCCCCCCCCCGGUGGUCUUGGGAAGGGGGGCGGUGGUUUGGCCGCGUGUCUGGGGGGGGUGGUUUGUCUUGUUUUUAUUACUAUGGCAGGGUUUGUGUAAUCCGCUGAAUUUUAGCUUUAGUUUUUUUUUUAAGUUUUAAAUUAAACUGCGGUCACGGUCACCGUAACUCUGCAUGCGUAGAGGGGUUUCUGCUUGUCCAACCCCCCGCCGUUUCACACCCCCCCCCCCCACCCCCGUCGUGGGGGACAGCUCAUCCGGCAUUGGCGCACACGAAUUGGGGUGGGGGGGGGCAGCGGUGGACGUAUGUUGAACUUCUUUUGCACCAUACGUAGGCAACCGUGCUAAAUCGUGAGGUGGCGGGGUUGGGAGGUAAGGACAACAAACGAAAACGCAAAAAGCAGUUCUCAAGAAAUGAGUUUUCAAUCCUGCAUUUUAAAAUGCAUCGCGAGGGGGCACUGAAGCGAGAGAUCGGCCUUGGCCAAUGGCACGAGAGGCCCGAGCUGUCAGGAGGCAAAGUGACCAAUCGGAGGUGCAGCCCUCCGAUUGGUCACACACUAGCCAAUCGGAUACCAUGAACUUGCCCCGACACUAACAAACUAACCGGAUGAUAGAAACUUGCUCUAACACGAGCCAACUAGCCAACUGGGUACGAGCAACAGGCCCUUACACUAACAGACUAGCCAAUUAGAUCAUACCCCUAACACUAACAGACUAGCCAAUCGGAUUGCUAGAGCAACUGUCCCUAAAAACUGAGCAACCGGACCGUGGCCCGACCUUUCUAGCACAAACAAAACUAGCCAAUCGGAUUGUAGCCCAAAGCUUAACUCUAAUCUCACUCGCCAACGAAACCCUUCAACGCUUAACCAGACUGACAAAUCUGACACUAACACCACCCAUAACCCUUAACCACACUAACCAAUCGGACACUAACUCCACACCUGACCUUUGACCUGUCGUUCCUGUCUCGUGGGUUGGUUGGGGUGCCCUGGUGGCAACAUGUUGACUACCUCGCCUGGAAUACACGAGGUCGUGGGUUCGAUCCCGACCCUGACACCUCUUUAUUUUGAGUUUGCCUGUUCCCUCUCCCCGUUCAGUCGAAUCGACGUGCGUUUAGAAUAUCUGGCUGCUAUGAAUUUCCACAGAAGCCCACUUCGUUGGGCUAUCAUUUGUGGCCAGGUCACUUCUGAAACACCCGUAAAAACAACGUUUUUCACUAUAAAUCCUUUAUAUGCGUGGUGGCUAGAGUCCUCUCGUCCUCUGGCUUGAGAUGGCUGCCACCUAUGGGUCAGAUGAUUGCAUGGCAGAAUUAAGCAAUUGGUAAUUAAAUAUAAUUUUUUUUUCCCUAAAAGGUGUAAAAUUUGAGAAAAAAAUUUCACGAACAUUAAUUGUCACGCACAACGAGUCUGUGUGCAAAAUGGCAGCUCGAUUGGAUCACGGGAAGUGGGUUAGAAAACGACCGAAAGAUUUGCACGGUCGUAAGCAAGCAAGCGCGCAAGUGAACUUAAUAUAAAGGAUUUAAAAAUGAAAAUAGUUUAUCGUUGGUAGGUUUCCCCGUCGCACUUUUCACCUAGUGUUAGGUGGGGGGGUGGGGGUUGUUUGACCAUACUUCGCCACGCUGGUCAAUGCGGGUUUGGCGUAGGCGGUUAGCGGCUGUGCCCUCUUGCUGCCCUGCGCAAUGCCCUUAGCGAGCACCUGUGCGUCGGUAGAUGCCGCUGGGGGUUUAUCGCGGCGGUCCGUAACUCCGCCGCCUCCGACCGAGAUGACGAUCACCUGCCCAGGGUGGAAGAAAAGACGCUCGGAAUAGGUUUUACCCCUUGUUGGCAAUAAAAAACAGGUGUUGAGAUGUUGCUCAAAUGGAUGAUAACCUUUCGCAAGGAGGGUCGUGUACCUGCUCUGAUAGUGCGCGAGUGUUUGCACGUUCGGUGCAGGUACGUGUGGUUGAUGCAGACGCGAUUCCUUGCAAAAGGUUUCUGUUUGGCGUUUGAGCAUCUUAAACACCUCCUAUUUUAUUGCCAGAAACGGUAAAAAAAAAAAACCUAUUCUUAUUUUUUCACACUUUGAUACUGGCCAAAAAAAAAGUCCCAUUUUGUGGAAGAGUAGGCCCAAACACACCCUCUCGUGGUGGUUGUGGUCCCCUCUCCAACGGCGGCAUUGAGAGCAGGCAGUUUUCAGGGCUGCACCUCUACAUUUCCGGAGAGACGUUACAGAGAGUGCCGAUGGUAUAUUGAUCAAUUGAAUAAAUGGUAUUCACGGUGCUGUAAUCGAGCGUUGUCAACAGAGUUGCGUGUUCGCGCGUUUGUUUUAGUUUUAUCCGCGAUGGGCAGUUGUUUUGUCGUUGCCAAGCCGCCCGACGUCCCGCUUGCUACGUCGCAUUCACAAACUACAUCUUGCGUCCACACACACGAGGAUUUGUUUGGGUUCGAUCGCGUAAAUAUGAAAUGUGUCGUCAAACCCGCCACCACCCGACACGGCCAAUUAAUUGUAGCGGUUUGUCACUCAAUUGGCUGUGGUCGUGUGCUGGCGGGUUUGACGACACGUUAAUAUUCACGCGAUCGAACCUCAAAAAAAACCCUCCUUGUGGAUGUUGGUCGGGAAAGCCUCGCUACGCGUUUGCAAACUGACGUGUUGCGUGUAUCCCACGUCCGGGACGAUCCAAUUUCUAGAUUCCCCCGUGAACUUCUCAGUACGGUCAGUAUUGUGAUGCGCGUUACUGCUGCCAACGCGGGGCGGUGAUACGACCGUCGUGCUCGAAUUUAAAAAUGCUGUGCGAGUGCUCAACUGGUAACCAAAAUUGGCACGUUUUUAUUUGCGUAACGAACAUCGCUCGUUAGCCGUGUUGGGUGGUGGCGGGUUUAACGACACAUUUAAUUUUACGCGAUCCAACCCCCCCCCCCCCCCCCCUCCACAAGAAACAAAAAACGCAUGUGGAUAACCGUUCGGGGCAAUCCGUUUAUGAUGCCCCACAGAUUCUUUAUGAUGGGGGGGCCCCUUCUGCUUUCAUGCAAGCACGUGGCUGGUGACCAGAGUCCGUGCCGUUGGAUUGGCGCGAGCCACUUUCCACCCUCUGCCCCCUCGCCAACUGGAUUGUGCCCCCACAUGAGAUGUCGACCACCUCGCCUGGCCGCGCAGAGGGGGUCGUGGGUUCGAUCCCAAACCGGACGCCUGUGCAUUUGGAGUUUGCGUGUCCUCUCUCUCUCCCAGUGGUCGUGUGGAUUUUUUUCUCCGGGUCCUCCGCUUUCUAAUCCCGCCACGUUUGAGAAUCGAUGUGCCUUUCGAGUAGUUUGUCUGCUGCUAUGAAUGUCCACGUCAUGAUCAGCCGGCUCUGUUGGGGGGGGGGGGGGGGUAUAUCAUUCGCGUUGACCGGGUCUGUUCAGAAAAAGAGCUACACACCUCGACGGGCCUUAACCUGGUAAAAUUUUUAAAAAUAGUUAACAGCUUUAUCGUUUAAUCCACCACCACCUCCACCACCCCCCCGAACUUAACCCAACUGGGUUGUGUGCCAUACGGCGGUGCAGCACGGAAUCGCGCGUGGGUACACGACCAAGCCACGGCACGGUCGACAGCGAUGAUGAUGAUGACGACGACGACGACACCAUCGUCGUCGUUGUCCAUGACAAUGACGACGAUGACAUCAUCGUCGUCUAUGACAAUGACGACAACAUCAUCAUCGUCUUUCUUCGCUGUCGCGCGCCGUCGAAUGAACGUUGUGGGCAAGCCGUGCACCCACCGGGCCCGGGCAGUGUUGGACAAAGUGUGCACAGUAUCAUCACGCAGAGACGUUUUUACACACACACACACACACGCGCGCAUACAAAAUAUAUUUAGCCGGUGAAUUGGGCGUCGGUGGGAGACGGAGGCUGCGAAAAUAACAUCGGCGUUUUCUCGUCGUCUUCAUGAUUUCUCCCGAUUUUGUAAAAAAUAUAUAAAAGGGGGGGGGGGGGUGUAUCUACAAAUGGAUCGCCCCGCGUUCUCAGCACGCCUCUGUUGGCAUCCACGCCGUCGCCCGCCCUCGUCGCUUCUCUCCGUCCGGAGGCAGCCGUUCGUGGCCUGGACACGGGGUGGUGGUGGUGGGUAACGCGAGCCGUCGUGCGGCGCCCAAGAGGUUCUUGAGUCGCCGGCAAAGCGCCGACGAGACAAAACCCUCUCGCGGUGACCCCUCCCGGUUUCGGAGGUUUCGUCGGAGGGUCGCGCGCGCGCCGUGUUUGUCUUCCCAGCAACCGCGGACGAUGACGACGACGCCGCCGAUGGCAUUUUUUGUUUUUUUUGGUGGCCGGAACGAACUGCGAUCGUCAGCCGCUCACUCUCUCUCUCUAAAAAAAAAGAUGUAUGUUAUUAUUAUUUUAUUAUUGUUCUUGUUGUCGUUAUUUCAUUUCAAUCGCUUUUCAUGUCGGAAAAAAUAUAUAUCUGUACGUUUAGCCGCGAAUGUGUGUGUGGGUAUUUUUUGUUUAGCCUGCGGUGGAGAUACACUGAUGUCCACUUGUCAGUGGCCGUGGCAUGGUUGGUAACGGGCCCUGGUGCAAGGAAUUAUAUUGGGGGGGGGGGACCCCCAUCCAAUUUCCCUGAGCCCCCUUCACACCUUUAGUCCGUGGGAUGGGGGCCCGGUCACAUGGUGAGUUUAAUGGGACUCUAUGCAAGUUGCAAGUCCAUGGGUUCUGUGCAAGUCUAAUGGUCCCCCACCAGGCCUGGCACUCAGUCGCAGCGGGUGGGGUGGUGGGGGGGGGGGGCAGUCGCAGCCGAUUGUUGUGAGCGCCACCAUCGCGGUGACCUCGGGUGGUGCCAAAGGGACAUUUGUUGGUGCAGUGCCCCACCCUGGCUGGCACCAGCCUUGUGGUCCACUUUGCAGGACUAAUUGGAGGGUUCGGUGUCGUCACGUAGAUGACAUGGGGCCCAAGAUUUUAAAUUCCUCUACCCCCCGCCCCCGCGCCGCCCAUCCGAUGUUCGGAGGCCCCCGACGCGUCGAUACCCCCCCCCCCCCGCCCUUCCGUGGCCCAUGGUGCCACCGGUGCAGUUGCACCGCCUGCACACUCGCUGGCUCUGCGCCACCCUGUUGUUCCGAAAAACCCCGGGCGGGCGUGCCAGGCGGAAACAACAAAAUCAAAACAAAAAGCCAGGCUGGGUUUCAGACACGCACACCAGCCCCCCCAGGUUGGGGCCUCGGUCGCUGGGAGUUUCACAAACUGGUGUUGGCAAGUGGCUUUAUCUCAAUAAGUUGUGGCUUCGCAUGCCGGGGGCCUGGAUGUUGUGAAGCGAGGUUCUGGCGGUAACGCCGCGACAUUGUUGUGCGGCGGUGGCGACGGCGACCUGCCGGGUUUUGCGGCACUUGUUAUCGGAUUUUAAUAUUUUUGUUGUUGUAAUGCGUUGCACUGGUACCUGCUUUGUUACUCUCUUAUCGAUGUGUGUAAAGUAAAACAAAAACCUAACACGUCCAAUGAUUACGGACGCCCACAGCGGCGUUAAUGGGGUCAGCGUGCUGGAUUUGCAAUCCAGAGUUCGCCGGUUUGAUUCUAUAUCUCCCGGCGCGGUGGUGGAAAACAAUGGAACACGUUUCUUAAAUACCCCCCCGACACACACACAACCCGAACAAACAACGGAUGGGUACAGCCGCAUUUCAGUCGAUCGGCAGCAUCGCGUGUGGGGGGGGAGAGGCGGGGAGGUACACUGUGCGUGCUCCCCACCGCUUCCGAGAUUUCUGGCCCUGCGUGAAAGAGGAGGCCAAGAUUGUAUGCCCCGCCAUCCAGAGCGGGGGCCCGUCCAGGAGCUCCCUCCUCGAGCAGUUGCAGGGCUGCACCUUUGACUCGUCUAAGGACAGUCGCCACCAUUCGUGGCUUCGCUGGAUGGGAUGCCCUGUCCACAUUUCCAUUUCUCUCUUAUCGAUGUAAAGUAAAACAAAUACCAAUUAUAUUCGCCAGCCUUCCUUGCUUAGAACAAUCAAAAGCAGCUUUGUUGCCGUAUUCAUGUACAGAAUAAAAAUCAAAAGUAUAACAAUCAAAAGUAUAAAUGCUGUUGCUGUCAUCGCCGCGGUAACUGGCUGGGAUUUUUGUUUUGUGUUUUUGUUUUGUGGUGGUGGUGUGUAUCGUGCCGCGGCUGCGCUUACGAGGAUUGGUGAAGCUUCCAAUAAACCAAAUUUGU